UUUCUUUUGUUUCUCUACAACUAUUGCUCAUCAUUGUUCUCUGGUUCUCUACAAUAGUACAAUUCAUGCUUAUCAUUUGUGGCCGAGCCGCAUGGCAAAUAGGCGGGAGAUAUUUGACAAAAUUCAAUUUCUUUGUAAAUUGAAAAACUUGGAGAGUCGGCGUGGAUGUUUCGGGGUUUAACAAAUCCUAUGUUCAAACUUGAAAACCAGACCUUCCUGCUCACAAACAAUGGAAGGCUACGCUUCAUGUCAGCUUCUACUGCGGUUGCUGUGGCAGAUGCAACUAUAAGCCCUUAUUUUCAUCAACAAAUUCCCACAAAUCCAUAUGCCCAGAUACAACCGCCACCAGAAUCUCAUUUUUCUCAAAAGUUGGAGCCCAAAGGUUGGAUCUCUUGGCUGCUUAAGUGUAGAAACAUACUUCAGAUUAGACAAGUUCAUGCCCAAGUGGCUGUGAAUGGGAUGCUCCAGAACCUCAUUGUUGCUAACAAGCUCCUUUACAUAUAUGCCCAGCAUAAGGCUCUGGGUGAUGCUUACGCCUUAUUUGGUGGGAUGAGAAAGAGAGACCCAGUUAGUAAUAGUAUAAUGGUUGGAGGUUUUGCUAAAGUUGGUGAUUAUAUGAACUGUUUUGGGACAUUUAGGGAGAUUAUUCGUUGUGGGGUGUGGCCGGAUAUUUAUACAAUGGCUUUCGUGAUAAGGGCUUGUAGGGAUAUAACGGACAUCCAAAUGGGUAGACUGGUUCAUGUACUUGCGUUGAAAUAUAAUUUGGAGUUGGAUCAUUUUGUUUGUGCUGCGCUUGUGAACUUGUACGCAGAAUGUAGGGCAAUUCUGGAUGCUCAACAAUUGUUUGUUAGAAUGCAAAAGAGGGAUCUUGGCACGUGGACGGUGAUGAUUGGCGCGUAUGCUGCCUGUGGGAAUGCUAAUGAGUCGCUGGUUUUGUUUGAUCAGAUGAGAGAGGAAGGCGUUGUCCUAGAUAAUGUUGCCGUGGUGACCGUUGUUUAUGCUUGUGCAAAAUUGGGUGCCAUGCAUAAGGCUAUACUUAUUCAUGAUUAUAUAAAUAGGAAUAAGUUUUCCUUGGAUGUCAUCUUGGGCACUGCAAUGAUUGAUAUGUAUGCUAAGUGUGGGAAUGUUGAUUCUGCGAGGGAUAUCUUUGAUAGAAUGCAAGAAAAGAAUGCUAUCUCAUGGAGUGCCAUGAUUUCAGCUUACGGAUAUCAUGGGCAAGGCAGGAAGGCUCUUGCUUUACUCCCUAUGAUGUUGAGCAGUGGGAUAUUACCGAAUAGGAUCACUUUUGUUUCACUAUUAUAUGCUUGUAGUCAUGCCGGUUUGAUUCAAGAGGGUCUUCAAUUGUUCUCCUUGAUGUGGGAUGCUUAUGCUGUGAGACCGGAUGUGAAGCACUAUACUUGUGUAAUUGAUCUCUUAGGGCGUGCAGGGAGACUUGAUGAGGCCCUGAAACUGAUUGAGAAUAUGACAGUUGAGAAAGAUGAGAAGCUCUGGAGUGCUUUGCUUGGGGCAUGUAGAAUCCAUGGCCAUCUAGACCUCGCUGAAAAGGCUGCAAAAUCCCUUCUUGAGCUCCAGCCCCAAAACCCAGGGCACUAUGUGUUGCUUUCAAAUAUUUAUGCAAAAGCAGGAAGGUGGAAAGAUGUGGCAACGAUCCGGGAUCUGAUGAUGCAAAGGAGAUUAAAAAAGGUUCCUGGUUGGACUUGGGUGGAGGUAGAUAAAAAAAUUCACAAAUUUAGUGUUGGCUGUAGGAAGCAUCCCCAGUCAGAAGAGAUCUAUGGCAUGCUGGAAAGUUUGUGUAAGAGGUUGGAGUUGGCUGGUUAUGUCCCAGAUACAAAUUUUGUGUUGCAUGAUGUUGAGGAGGAAGUAAAGCGUGGAAUUUUGUACACCCAUAGUGAGAAGUUAGCAAUUGCAUUCUGCCUUAUGGCAACACCUGAGGGAAUUCCUAUCAGGAUUACAAAAAAUCUCAGGGUUUGUGGUGACUGCCACACAUUCAGUAAGUUGGUGUCAGCUAUUACACACAGGGAGAUCAUUGUUCGAGAUGGCAAUCGAUUUCACCACUUCAAGGAGGGGGUUUGCUCAUGCGGAGAUUAUUGGUAACUGGCCUCAAUCAAUUCAAUCAAUCUUCCUAACAUCCUUCCAUGCACAGAAGGGGUGCUAUUUUUGAUUGCCAGCAGCCUUCAAGUGAUUUUGUGGACUCAAAGAAGAAGAUAAUUAGUAACUAAACCAAGGAUGGAGACUCGUUGAUAUUCCCAAGGAAAUCUUGGUUCAUAGUGGCAAGCAAGGGAAAAAUAUAUGGAUUUAACUUUGUAAUCAUUCAAAUUUACUGAUUUGAGAUUAAUGAUUUCUUCUGCAAAGUUGUUCCAAGUUAAUUAACAGAUACAUUUAUAUAUUAUGUAUUGAUUCCAGAUGAUAAAUUAAAAAAGAUGCAUACGGUGAAUGUAAGGUGGGCUUAGAUUACCCAUUUAUUCC